ACUGUGUCUCUGCGCUGGGGUUCUCCUGAGGGACUGCCAGGACCUCAUAAGUACAGAGUAACCUGGGGCUGUGACGGGAAAGAGAGCAGGCAGAAAGUGAAAGACACACGUCAUCUUGAAAUAAAUGGACUCCAGCCUGGUAAAAAGUACCAGUUGCAUGUGGCCACAGAGGGAGAAAAUGACAGCUAUAGCAAAUGGGUCUCAGCAUCUGUAACCACAGGUACAAUAACUUUAGGUUUUGGUCAAAUUUAUAAUUUAAUUAUUUUAUUUUGAAUAUUAUACAUAUUUUUCAGAUUCUUUAUAUCUGUGCCCAUAUUGUUAAUGGGGUUUUAGUGGAAAAACCAUAUGGUUCAAGAGAAAAUAGCCUAAUUAAGGAAUAAAACACUUCAAAUAAUUGUUUUAUGUCAUUUGAAAGCCACUCUGCAACUCUUCAAUUAUUAACUUUUGCACAAAUGACACCAGUUCGGCCCAAAACAUUACAACAAAAAUAUGUUGAAAUAGUUUUUUUAAAAUAAGUUGCAUCCAAAAUGACAAAAUUUGCUUUUUGUUUACAAAUUAUUUUCAUCCUAGUUGUCCCUGCACCCAGAGACUUAAAGAUAAACCAAUUAGAAGCGACCUCCUUGCCCUCAGCUGGACCAAGGCUCCUGGACUGGAACAAAUCCUACAGCGCUUCCUCGUUUCCUACAGCAGCCCAGAAACAGAGCACCGGGCAGCCAAUACUGAGGAAUGCCAGAAAACAUUAUCUGGCCUUCAACUGGGAACUGAAUACACUGUCAGUGUCUCAACUGUGCUGACCAGUGGGGAACCGAGUGAACCUGUGUGUACAACCAUCUUAACAGGUAAGAAAUCUCCCUCUUCUUAUUGCAAGUCAUCAUCAUCAUCACACUUAGCAGACUGGUGUGGUAAGGUAUAAGGGAAUGUGAAAGGAAUGCUCUAUAUUACUUCCAGUUAUACCAACAUUUUGGCAUGUAUCAACUGCCACCUUCAAGUAGUUGCUUUAUGUUCAUAAAAAUACAUCUUUCCCAUAGUACUCCCUGCUCCAGACAAGCUGAAUGUUGACUCAGUAAAUACCACAUCAGCUACUUUGAGCUGGCACCAGCCUUUUGGAAUAGACCAAAUCCAAUUCCACUACCUGAUUUCCUACAACUGUCCAGGGAAUAAAAGUUGCACCAAAACCGAAUCCUCAACUAGCAUCACUUUCCCCGACCUGCAACCUGCCACUGAUUACUCAGUCACUGUCAGGACUGUGCUGGAAAAUGGGAGGGAAAGUCAACCUGUGUCAACAACCUUCACCACAAGUAAGAAAGUACCCUUAAAGCCACAGUAUUCAAUUUCUCCAGUAGUUUCAAUGAAAUAUACUUGAGUUUGAAGAAUGAGGGUCAACAUUUUUUGUUGUGCAAAAGAGCACAGAUCUGUGCAAAAAAAUAACGUAAAACUCAUCUGCAGCGUGAUUUAAUUAGAAAUGUUCAAUUAUUUCUGGACGUUAUCAUAAAACGUUACCCCGCAUUUUAAACUUGAAUUAAUAAUCUCCAGCACCAUACCAAUUUCUAAAUACCAUUGUCUGGUUUAUUACUGUACGUUAUUACAACCCGUUACCCUGCUUAUUAACCUCAAAUGUAUUAUUUCCAUCACCAUACCAUUGUCUACAUACCAUUUUCUACAUAUUUAAAAAUAGCGAUUUAUGAAGUUUAGACUAAACACAGGUUUGAGAGCAAAGUUAGAAUGCAGUCAGACGAGCAGCUGCUGCUUAUUUACAACCCGGCUUGGAAAUCACAUCGUUUAAGAUAGCCCAAUUAAUACUGAAUUGGCUUUAAUGGGCUUUUAACCCUGUGAGACCCCCGGUUGCAAAAAUGCAACAGGUCCUAAACUCAUGUCAAACAAUACAUAGUUAAUCUCCUUAGACCCAGAUGUAUCUCUUGGUAGCAUUUAUUGUAUGUCCUGCCUUCUCUACGAUGUAGUGAUUAUGUAUAUAUAAAACACAUUUCUUUGAGAAACAAACAUUCUAAGCCAGAGCUAGAGGUAUUUUUAUAAGUGUUUCAAAAACGCAUUUGCAAUAACGCAUUUUAUUGUUUUACGUUUUAUCUUAUGUCUGUGUGUGUCCAUCCAUCCGUCCGUUCAUCUGUUUUUCAGACAUUCCACCACCAGCGUACAUAACAGUACAUUCAGCCACGGAGAGCUCUAUAUCUCUGAGCUGGAGGCCUCCUGAUGGACUGGAUGAACAGCCACACAAGUUUAAAGUCAUGUGGCUUUCAGAUGUUGAUUCUGACCUCCACCGUGUUGAGGAAGACUCAGGCCCUAUUAAUAUCGAAAACCUCAUGCCAGGUACAAAAUAUGAAAUCAGAGUGGCAACGAUUUGGGACAAUGGACAGCUUAGCCAGUUUGUUUCAAUGCAAACAUUCACAGGUGAGUUUCUUUUUCUCAAUUUGGACUAUUACGUUUUUCAAGGACAUUUGCCAAAGCUUUUAAGGUUUUUGUGUAGAAUAACAGCAGUAAGGAUGAAUUCAAGUAAAAACCCACCCACCUUUGCAAUGUUUAUGCAGUGUCUUUUUGUAACAGUGUAUAGGAUGUUUAAAGCUGGAAUCCUUAGUUGCUACAUCCAAUUAUGGACUUAUAAAUACAUUAUAUACCCAUUGAUUCUUAAAGAAUAUAACUUAUAAAUGCCUCAUAAGCUUACCCCAUCAGAACCCAAAAUACAGUACUCCAAUGUUUGUGAACAAUGUAAAUGUAAACAAACACUGUAUAGCCUCAAAACAAGGUUAAAACUAUCAUUUUGAUAUCAUGGAUUGGUCAGUCAUUGCAUUUUCUUUUAAACCUUUAUUUAACUAGGCAAGUCAGUUAAGAACAAAUUCUCAUUUACAAUGACGACCUACCCCGGCCAAACCCUCCCCUAACCCGGACAACUCUGGGCCAAUUGUGCGGCGCCCUAUGGGACUCCCGAUCACGGCCGGUUGUGAUACAGCCUGGUGUCGAACCCGGGUCUGUAGUGACGCCUCUAGCACUGCAGUGCACUGCGCCACUCGGUCCCCUAAACUAUGGUCUAAGCAAAAGUUCACAAGUAUGGUCCCAAAGAGUUUCCUUUAUUAUGCAUCUUCUAAUUUUAUGCCAAAAUCACAAGUCAUGACACUCCAACUCCAAUCGGUAACACUUCACUUGAAAGGGGUAUAAUGACUGUUGCAGUCCAGGAGAUAACACAAACCCAGUCACCAGACAGUAACACCAUACCAGCAACCAUCCGGCUCACUGUAAUGAAAAGUGCCUUUUAUUUGAGAACUCAAUAAGGUUGAAUAAUGUGUUAUGAGAGUUGUUAUGACUGACAAUGUAACACUCAUAAAGGUUUUAUAAGGGUUUUGUGAAUGUGUUCAAUCAGUAACACUUUAUAUGAAGGUGGUAUACAUAACACUUUUAUGAAACUAGUCAUAACCCCUUCAUGUGUUGCAGUAUCAUUCAUAAAAACCUUCAUAACACAUUUAUUCAACAUCAUUCAUAAUGUGUUUUCAAAACAAAAGUCCCCUGAGAUAACAUUGUAUUAAUCCAUUUGACAAUUAUUAUUAUUUUACUGUCACAAUAACCAUCCUCCUGAGACACCAUUCACAUAGUCUCUAGACAGAUGGGUUUCCUCCCACAAAUACCAAUGUUCCAGCAUACAUGUCUGUACUUAGACCAACAUCAAUUUGGCAGAGGAUAUUUUCAAUGAGUGUAUUGCUUAAGUGAGUAGUUUGCAUGCGUCCACAUUGUGUCCGCGUCUGUCGUGUUUCCGAGGAGAUCAUUUUUAAGCCCUGCCUAUCCAAACUUGUGAUUUGUUGGGAGAGUUGCCUGUCUGAAGAACACCCUCCCCCCAAAAAAAAGUAUCCUGCCAUGAAUGUCGGUCAUGUCUAGAUGGGAUCCAGCUUUUGUGAAAUUUACGUCAAAAGUUUUAUUUGAUAUAUUUUUGCAUUUUUACUAACUAUAACCAUUUUCCUAACCUUUAACUAAUUUCCUAACCUGCCACUUUAAUUAUCCUAACCUGCGGCUUUAAAUCUCCUAAACCUGCUUCGAGUAGUACAUUCUGACAAAAGCUGGAUCACAUGAAGCUAUGACCAUGAAUGUCCAACAUGAUUCCCAGACCUAGUGCUGUUGCCCUAGGUCUGCGAUUUCCGAGACUACUAUUCACGCAACAGGCACCAAAAGGACCAGUACAGGGUCAGCCUUACCUUACAGCAUUACCCUUGUAGUAGUUAAGGGGUUAAAUGCCUUGCUCAAUGCCACAGUGGGAGUAGGAGAUGGCACCAUCCCUGGGUGUAGUAUCUUUGGUUGAGAUAAAGACUAGGCGUUAGUUUGUGGAGCUAAAAGUCUUCAGGUGUCAGCUAAGAUUCCAUCAAGACCUUGGCUGAAAUAAUAUUUGAAAUCUUUUAAAUACUUUGAGCGUUUGCCUGAGCCUGUCUGGAGUGACAGAUGGGCAUGUGAGGUUCGCACUUUUGGGACCAUUCCAUUGAUUCCAUUGUGCCAGGCGAGCUCAGUCAAGCACAGAUAUCUUAUGUAUAUUUAAGAUCUAGGGCUGGUGCCAUCCCCUACUUCCAUUCUGGCCGUGAGUAAGACGUGUAACCCCUAAACUGCUACAAGAGGAAUGUUGUAAGGCUUACCCUGUGCUGCUCCCAUUCUGUUGCGUGAAGUGUGUCAGGAGUUUGUGUACUGUGACAGUAAAAAAUAAAAUAACAAAUUUGACAAUGUAUAAAUACAAUUUAAUUAAAAGGGACUUUUCUUUUAAAAAUGAAUAAAUGAUGUUGAAUAAAUGUGUUAUGAAGGUUGUUAUGAAUGAUACAGCAACACUCAUAAAGGUGUUAUUGAUACCCUUAUCAUAAAGUGUUGUUAACACCAUGGUUUCUUAUGAAACGAUAUAUUCACUUUAAUAUACAAUGGCAGUUAAUGACAAACAUCAAUUCAGUUUGAAACAGUUAUACCUGUGUAAUUGGUGUUAGCAUUUGGAAAGUAUAGUAAGUUUCACUGUGUGAAAAUAUGAAUAACACCAUCCUUAUGUAAGAAAGGAUACAUUUUCUUCUCACUUAACCACAUUUUAUCUGAACGAAUACCAUGAUAUUUGCUAUUUUUCAGAACCAUCUUCUCCUGGGAAUUUGUGGGUUGAAGAGGUGAAAAGAAAAUCUAUCACAUUGUGUUGGGACAUACCAGCGAACAUGGAAGAAGUGUCUUAUUCAUUUAUCAUUACCUACUCUUGCAAUGGAGAUGAAAAAGAGAAAGAGACUAAAAACAACAGCAUUGUUCUUUCUGAUCUUGAACCAGACACAAAAUACACCUUCAGCGUCACCACAGUGACGAAGCAUGGCAGCAGGAGUACAAGGAAAACAUUGCACGAGUGCACACGUAAGUAUAUUUACAACCUAACAUUUUAAGGUAACUUGAAAUUAAAGCUAGAGUCCUUAGUUCCAUCUUUAUAAUUUAUUGAUAUAUACCCAUUGAUUCUUGAAGAAUAUACUGUAACUUAUAAAUGCCUCAUGAGCUUAGUUCAAAUGUCGUACUCCAUCACAACCUAAAUAUAAGCUUGAUUUACCCCCACUGUUUAUAAACAUUGUAAAUGUAAACAAACACUGUAUAGCCUGUAUAGACAUGGUUAAAACUAUCAUUUUGAUAUCACGAAUGGCCAGUCAUUACAUCCAUAGCUCUGUAUGAAUUCGAGUGGUUACAUUUCUCCAGGCCCAUCCCUCAGCUUUUUCCAAAAACAGGUGGGAUGUUUGCUUUGUUGUUGUUUCAAUUAAGGAUUCUAGCUUUAACUGCCUGCAAAUAAAGAUAAUAUUCACCCUCAGUGGGGAUGUAAUCAGUAUAGUAUUUGUAGUUUUGUGUGUAGUGGAUGUGAAACUCGCCCAUAGCAUGUUGGCUGGAGUACAAUGGUUACAUCACACCUUCCUUGAAGUCUAAAGCCAACUGUUGAUCACGGAGCGAAAGUAGUCUCGUGCUCUUUUUGACUAAGAUGGUUGGCUUUGAGUUGUGUGUAUUGUUAUAAAAUGUAAUCCUCUACCUUUUCUAUACGAAUCAUCCAGAUAAGUCUGAUGUAAAUCAAAGGUGCACUUAUGCAGAAAUUGCUCCGCCAGUUCCUGGUUGCUAAAAUUCUAGUAGUUUGCCUAAUUUCAGUUUAUGUGACCAAACAAGCAAGUAUAGUGUAGAGAAUCAUUACACCAUUUAAACUGCUGUGAAAUACAUUUUCCAUAACCACAAAUAUGAGCUGUGUUUGAAUACCCAUACUAACAUAAUGUAUACUAAAUACUUAAUGAGUAUAUACUACAUACUAUAUACUAUUUGUUCAUUUUAGUAUACUGUAAACAAACGGUAUCCUUUCAGUUGAGCGUACUAGCGCUUCGCCUGUCUACCUGAAGUUGAUGCUGUUGCUAUGCAAUCUCUUGCAAGCUUGUUAGCAUAACAAAUUACUAGCUAGACAUCUUAGGACUUCGGGUGUGUUCGUAAAUUCAAUCUGGAGUGCCAGAGAGCGCUCAGAGUGUGCUCUGGGUGUUCGUAAAUUCAGAGCGUUGUCAAAUUGUCCAUUCGUAAAUUCAGAGCGUACACUGGACGCUCUGGACGAGGAGUAGGGUUGAUCCAUGCGUUCUGACCUCACAACAGCAGUCAAGCACCCAGGCUAACUGGCUAAAGUUGGCUAGCUUGCUAGCUACUUCCAGACACAAAUGAGAGAACAACUCACUCUGACCAUUUUACUCGCACUAGCAGAGCUGGUUAGGCAGUUUUUUUAAUGUUAUCCAGAGCGUUUAUGACUAACUGUGCUGCUGCCUGGCAACAAUUUAAUUAAGCUUUUUUGCCAACGUUUACUGACACCGGCCAUAUUCAACGGGUGUUGAGCGUUCGUAAAUUCAACAGCUUUGGCACACUCAGACAAGAGUACUCUGAAAUCGGAGUAGAUAGCCAGAGCGAAUUACGAACGCACCUGAAUUAACAAUAUCCAUUGAGAACGCACAAAGACUAUACCAUUUAGUUAAGCUAAGAAUGACGUGAAUAAUCAAGUCAAUAAACGUUGGGUAAUUAGAUAGCAUAUAAAUAAUAUACUGGCAAGUUCGAUGUAUUAGUAGCCAACUAACGUUAGGUAACUAGCUAACAUACCGGUACAUACUGCUGUAAUGAUAUGCUAUGCGGUUCGUAAGGAUAGCAUAACUAACAAAUUGUUAGCCAACGUAACGUGUAACUUAUUUGAAAAGUUAUUAGAUUAUUACAUUGCUCAACAUUUUCUUAACAUUUGUCAUAAUUAGUUAAAGCAAUGAAUUUGUGUCCGCUCUCGUCGGACUUCAGCUGCAUAUUUUCUGCCAUUUUCUUCAAAUCGGAAAAAGUUGUGAAGCAACGCUCAUUUUCUGAAGAAUUGCAUUAUGGGAAAACACGGAAAUAGUGUCCACUGCUUGUAUACUUCAUAUUUUGGCGAAUGUAGUACGACAUCACGGGAUCUUUUGGCAUACUAACUGUAUCCAUAGUAUGACCAAUAAGCAUACUACAUACUCAAUUUACGUCACAAAUAGUAUGGUUAGUGCGGUUAGUAUGAGUAUUCAAACACAGCUCUUGUCUUUUCAGAUUUUUUAAGCUGGUGUACAAACCUGAAAGAAAAAACGAAACUUAAGAACGGGAAGCAUAGAAAUAGCACACAUACACUACCGGUCAAAAGUUUGGACACACCUACUCAUUCAAGGAUUUGUCUUUAUUUUUACUAUUUUCUACUUUGUAGAAUAAUAGUGAAGACAUCAAAACUAUGAAAUAACACAAAUAUAUUUUAUAUUUUAUAUUCUUCAAAUAGCCACCAUUUGCCUUGAUGACAGCUUUGCACACUCUUGGCAUUCUCUCAACUAGCUUCAUGAGGUAGUCACCUGGAAUGCAUUUAAAUUAACAGGUGUGCCUUCUUAGAAGUUAAUUUGUGGAAUUUCUUUCCUUCUUAAUGCGUUUGAGCCAAUCAGUUUUCUGGUUACUACAUGAUACAUGAUACAUGAUGUGUUAUUUCAUAGUUUUGAUGUCUUCACUAUUAUUCUACAAUGUAGAAAAUAGUAAAAAAUUAAGAAAAACCCUUGAAUGAGUAAGUGUUCUAAAACGUUUGACCAGUAGUGUAGAUCAGAUCUACUGCUUCUUAGACUUGCUUUCAACGACAAUGACAGUUCUAUAACUCACAUUUCUAUAUGAAUUUGGUCAGGUCGGCCAAAAAGUUACAUAUUGCAGUUUUAAAUAUAAAAUCCAAUGCUACCGCCAAGGACUAUAGAAGUCACAAAAAUACACUUACCAUCCUUACCAUUUUCGAUUACAGGCUCAAUUCUGCAAGGCCUAAUAGACAAGUUGGGACUGAAGAAGAAACUUACAACAGAGAUCGUGCGAGAGAUUGACGAAGAUUCUGACAAACCUGUAACCAGUCUUGUAUUACAACAACAGUGUUUCUUAAGGAGGUUAUUGAUGAUGAAUAUGAACGCCAGAAGUCUUAAAUGUGACACUGACCGAGACAGCUCAAUUACAGAAGUGAAUCCUCUAGACCUCAUCACAGCCCUGUUUAUAUGUUCAGAUGGUUUCCUGCAGCAGGAGAUGGCCCUGAAAAUGUCUAUGUGCCAGUUUGCUGUUCCUCUCCUGCUGCCCAACUGUGACACAGAACAAAGCACUUUGAUGCUGUGGGCCAUGAGAGAUAUUGUGAAGCAGAUUCGACCCUGCUCUUCUGAGUGUGAGUUUGUUGAGAAUAGCAUUGUGCAGACUGACCUCCCUAUGGUGUCUUUUGUUAGACUGGGCAACAGCACCUUGUCAAAGUCUCAGCUUUUGAAUGAGGUUAUAAGCAAUUCUCAGCAGAACUACAACACGUUUGUUCACAAAAACAUGACAGCUGGCAACAUAAGAAGGAUGAUCUCUGAUGGUUUAGUGGAAAUCAGCUGGUACCUUCCCUGUGGUAAACAAAACAUUGAUGUCUUCACUGAACCUGUGGCUGUGGCGAAUCUUCGUGGGGAUGUAUGCAGCUUUCAGACCCAGUUCUCUUUCCUCUGUCAAACAUCUGCAGCAGUGUUUGUGUUCUGUGAUGAUUUAGGUUCUGACUGCAGUAUACUGAAUCUCCAGAACAUGAAAGCUCAUCUCUUCAUUGUAUGCACCGCUGAGGCUCAAAUCUAUGAUGUAACCAGAUUUGAGAAACACUCAAUAAUAAGGAAAGACAAGCAAAUGAACGAUGCACAGCUUGUGAAGAAGCUCCGCUCUGCAGUCACAGUCGUCAUGAAGGAAAACCCACACAAAUUAAAAGUGCAGGAAAUGCCUGGUGUUGCACACACCUUGAAUAUCCUUGUGGAUGAAGAUGGUGUCUGCCUGAGAGCUAAGAAAAGGGCAGAUUCAAUUACAACAAAUAUAGAUUGCAUACCAAGCUAUAAGAACAGUCAACUACCCUUACAGGGGGAUAUUUGGAAAAGACUGACUACACUGGAGAAAGAGGAGUGUAAACUGAAUACAGCAGUGGGAGAAAUGAACAGGAGUGAGCUCAAGCAAGAGAAAGAGGAACUCAGGAAGGAACAAUUGUCUCAUGGCAUAAAAGAUGACAUCUCCAAUUUCAUUGAUGGUUUGAAGAGCUCCAGAGAAGAGCGCCCCUAUUUCCUCAAGUGGAUGAAGCUCAAUCUGGACAACCUGUCAAGAGCAUGCCUAUCCGACCUCAGGAAGGACUAUAAAGACAUGUGUCAGCGUUCUCCAGAAAAUAAAGAAGUCAUUGCCAACUUAGACAAAAAGAUCUCAGACAGUUCCUUAGGAACCGAACAUUUCCUUAGGGAAGUAGGACAGCUAUAUGAGUCAUCCAUGUCCUCAGACGAAACCAGUGCCAUUCAACAUCAAGUACAAGAACUGCCAAUAAUCUGUGCCCAGUUGAUACUGGAUGGCUUUCCACUGGAGCUGAUAGAUGGUGAUGCAUCAAACAUCCCAAUUAAGUGGAUAACAGAUGUUCUUAAAGAACUUAACAAUUUAACAAAGUCUGACUGUAAGAUCCGGGUGGUUACUGUUUUAGGGGUUCAAAGCAGUGGAAAGUCCACCCUUCUGAAUACCAUGUUUGGGGUUCAGUUUGCAGUCAGCAGUGGAAGAUGCACUCGAGGUGCCUUCAUGCAGCUGAUCAAAGUGAAAGAUGAAUUGAAGAUUGAACUACAAUGUGACUUCAUCAUGGUCAUCGACACAGAGGGCUUGAAGUCACCUCAAUCGACCCAGCUUACUGACAAUUAUCAGCAUGAUAAUGAACUAGCCACACUUUUGGUAGGACUGAGUGACAUCUCAAUUGUUAAUAUUGCAAUGGACAACACCACAGAUAUGAAAGACAUCCUGCAGAUUGUAGCCCAUGCCUUCCUCAGAAUGAAAGAAUUAGGGAAGAAACCCAGUUGUCAGCUGGUGCAGCAGAAUGUUGCAGAUAUAUCUGCUCAUGGCAAAAACCUUAGGGACAGGAAUCGCCUUCUUAACCAGCUGGAUGAGAUGACAAUUGUUGCAAGCAGGAUGGAAAAUACAGGCAAUGACACUAAGUUCACUGACAUCAUAGAGUGCAAUCUAGAGGACACCUGUUAUAUCCCAGGUCUCUGGCAUGGCAGUCCACCCAUGGCACCUGUCAAUGAGGGUUACAGCGAAGAGGUGGCCAAUUUGAAGAGGAAGUUGAUAAAUGCAUUCAAAAAAGCAAAAGGCUCAGCACAAACAAUCCCAAAGUUUGUUGAUGAGCUCAGAAGUUUAUGGAUGUCAGUUAAAUAUGAGAACUUCAUCUUUAGUUUCCGCAACAGCAUUGUGGCCGAGGCAUACAACAACCUGUGUGUGGAGUUUGAUAGAUGGGACAGGUCCUUCCAAAAGCACAUGUACAAAUGGCUUACUGAAGCAGAAACCAGGGUGGCAAACUAUGACAUGAUGGGGUACUCAGAAGAAUCUGGCCUAGAUGAAGUAUUGAGUAGUCUGAAAAUUGAGGCCAGCAAUGAGCUACAAAGAGAGGGAAAAUUGUUUCGCGACAGUGUGACUACCUAUUACAAAAGUGAGGGAAAUGUGUAUCUGGUUGAGAAGUAUAGGGAAGAAUUUAAAAAAGGUGCAGAGAGCCGCUGCAAGGAGACUGAAAGUGUAGUGAGGAAGAAGCUAGAGGUUGCAGUUGAUGUAAGAAAAUGCACCUUCGGGGUAGACAAGAUUAAGAUAAGUAACAGGGAUACUCUUGACAAGCAAGUGUCUGACCUUGUUAAGAAAUUUAGUGGAGAGGAAAAUCCAAUGAACGACCAACAACUAGGGAAUACAUUUGAAGAGAUGUGGAAGCAAACAACAGGGAAGCUCUCAUUUAAAGGUCUGGAGCAGCAAAAUAUUUCCAAAGAUAUCUACAAUAAUCUAAAAAUGAACUUAGGAAGAAAAUGUAGCACGGUCCAGGAAAUGUUACAUAAAGCUUCACCUCUGGAGAACUGUGGACUUAAGGAAUUUCAAGUGAAAAGUGAACACAAAAUAUUUUCGAAUUUACCAAAAUUCAUGAAGACCAAAGACAGCCAACAAAUAUCAAAGAAAAAAACUCAAGCAAUGUCCAUUGACAUCAUAAACCGCAGUAAGAGGUUUGUUUCAAACAAGGUGAAAGAAAGAACAGACUACCACCACACUUACAUCACGGAACUACUGGAACUGAUUGAGGACAACCUUUACAGAGACAAUGAAUUGCCAAAUCAGUUCCAGAAUUUGUGGCAUCUCUUAAGAUACACAUCUGUGGGCAUGCAGCAAGGGAAUUUCAGGAAAUGCAUGAAGCUUUCAACAGAGACAAUGACCCCCGACAAAGCCUGGAGAAACUGAAACCGCAGUUCUUGGCUGACUUCAAAGACCUUUUCUACAAGAGAGACCAGUGCAAAAGAAAGGCUGAAGAGUUUACCAACCUCUGUCUGAAACCUGCAGUGAGAGAUUUUAUCACCAAAUCUCUUGGACCAGACAUUUAUGAUGAAAUGCUUUCCAACAGUGAUGAUGUGGAUUUCAGCACAAGGAGGUCUUUUCAGUUUUCUAUACUUAAGAACCUACUAUCAGAAGAUUUUCGGACAUUCUUCAAGUACACUGACUACUAUGAGUCAUUUGCAUUUGAGUUCAUUUGA